AAAGUACAUCGGGAGUCCCAAGUUCCAAACAUCGUCAGCUUCAAAACACUCUCUCUCUCUCUCUCAAACAUUUAGCCGUCUUCUUACUCAACCUGAACAAAAAGCAAAAACUAGAAACCUCCAGCUUUUCCGCACUCCCACAAAUAUUUUACAUUUACCUAGUCAGUUUGGGGCCUACUUCUUCUUUUCGAGUUCCAACUUGUUUUGCCUUUGAAGCAAUAACAAAUUAAUAUUGUGCUUCUUCUUCUCUAUAUCACAAUUCUGCAGAUUUUUAUGAGAAAAAGAAACUGCUGUGCUUAUUGUAAAAUCAAAAUUUUGCAAGUGAAGAAUGUUUGAGUGGUUGGAUUGUUGCAACUCAUAUUCUGAGAGUGUGUGCGAGUGUGAGGAAUAUGCGGAGGAGUUCAACACUUUUUCUUUGCCUUCACCCCUUCCACAAUGGCCUAAAGGUAAAGAUUUUGGUACGGGGAAGAUAUGCUUAGGAGAAAUCGAAGUGGCAAAAAUCACAAAUUUUGAUAAGAUAUGGAGUUGUAGUCCAUCGCGUGGAAAGGCGAAAGGUGUGAGUUUCUAUAGACCCAUUGGGGUCCUGGAUGGCUUCUUAAGCCUCGGUCACUAUUGUGAGCCGAGCAACAAAGAGUCAAGAGUCUUCUAUGCUGUUGCAGCCAAAUGUAUAUCCAUAGAUGCAGCGAGAGAUGAUUGUAUUCACCAAGAGUCUCCGCCUCUUGAAAAGCCUCUAGACUACAGUCUAGUUUGGAGUUCAGAAUCUCGUCGUGAUGGAUGUGGUUAUAUUUGGAUGCCAAAUCCGCCUGAGGGCUAUAAAGCUAUGGGGUUUGUAGUUACAGUCGAGCCUGAUGAACCCGACAUUGAAGAAGUGCGAUGCGUCCGUGCUGAUCUAACUGAGAGUUGCGAAGUUGGCGAGGUUGUGUUUGAUAAUAAUUCACUCUUGUCGAGGGAUCAAUUCUAUGUUUGGGAAACUAGGCCAUGUAAAAGAGGGAUGCUUUGCAACGGGGUUCCCGUAGGUACAUUCUUCUGUAGUCGAGAGAAGAAUUGGGACGACGAGCUGAGGGUUUCUUGCCUGAGGAAUCUUGAUUCUUCCCUGAGUGCAAUGCCGACUUUAGAACAGAUUCAUGCGCUCAUCAAGCACUAUGGCCCUACGCUUUACUUCCAUCCAGACGAGGUCUAUUUGCCCUCGUCGGUUUCUUGGUUCUUUGAAAAUGGAGCUCUUCUGUACAAACAGGGGAAGGAUAAGGGCUUAGCCAUCGAUUCUAAAGGCGCGGUUUUGCCCGGUGGUGGGGAGAACGACAAAGAAUUCUGGCUCGACCUACCAGAUGUUGCUGGAGACGGGGACUACGUGAAACUUGGUAACAUCGAGAGUGCUGAGCUUUACGUUCAUGUUAAACCGGCUUCUGGAGGGACUUUCACAGAUGUUGUAAUGUGGAUCUUCUGCCCCUUCAACGGUCCGUCAACGAUCAAAGCCGGGUUGUGGAGCUAUACAUUUGACAGAAUCGGCCAGCACGUCGGUGACUGGGAACACUUCACCCUCCGUUUGAGCAACUUCGAUGGAGAGCUCCGGAGCAUGUAUUUUUCGGAACACAGUGGUGGAGGGUGGCUAGACGUCUCUGAGCUCGAGUUCACCGAGGGAAACAAGGCGGCCGUGUACGCAUCGAAGCACGGACACGCGAGCUUCCCUCAUGAGGGGUGCUACAUUCAGGGCUCUAGCAAACUAGGAAUUGGAGCAAGGAAUGACUGUGCUAAGAGCAAGUAUUUUGUCGACUCGAGCGCCCGAUACCGGGUCGUUGCGGCCGAGUAUGUCGGAGACGAUGUUGUAUCGGAGCCACAUUGGCUGCAGUACAUGAGGGAGUGGGGUCCUACAGUUGUUUAUGACUCAACAUCUGAACUGGAGAAGAUACUCAACCACCUACCCUUCUUCAUUAGGUUUUCUGUGGAAAAUCUUAUAGAAUUGUUUCCGACUGAGCUGUACGGCGAGGAGGGGCCGACGGGGCCGAAGGAGAAGGACAAUUGGUGUGGGGAUGAAAGGUGUUAGCCACCUUCUCUAAAUUGGUCGCAAAAGCAACUCACAGAAUUCGAAAACGUUUCGAAUUCUGAGUGCAUGUAGGUGUUAGGUGCAUUGUUUCUGCCGCUAGAUUUUGAUAAUUUUAGGUGCAAAAUCAGGGGCUAAAGUAAUUGUGGUGUGUUGAUUGGUGUGAGAGUUGGGUUUUUUGUUCACUAUCAUACAUUGUAAUCUGUAACAUGUAAAUAGAAUUUCGAAAUCUGAAUUAUAAACUAUACUUGCUUUAAAAA